CCCUGUAAGUAUGCGGAUCCUCUCAGUCAGCAACAUUACUGGGGACAUGAGGCAUCCUCCUAAUGUCCAACAUGCUUAGGUGAAGGGGGUAUUAGCAGUAAUGCUGCUCGGUCAGUCAGUGUCCUCUGUCUGCUGUGUAGUACCCUGGUGAUCACUAUGGGGAGCACCAAGAAGGUAGGAAACUCAUGGAACAGGAGGCAGAGUUUAUUCCCCAACUACAAAGUCACAGACUCAGAUACCACUCGAAGACCUUCUGAGACUGUUUAUCCACUAGCCAAGGAGAGCUGUGUGAAGACAUGGAACUCCAUGCAGGAACUGAGCAGGGAUAUCUAUGAUAUUUAUGCUGAGUAUGAGGAUGAAGAAGAUGAUGGUGGCCCGUACAGCUUCUCCAGGCAGAUAUCGCCCUCCAAAAAGAAUUAUGUGAUCAACAUUAAUGUCGGGGGGAAGCCCUAUCAGAUAGCAUACAAAAUGGCAGCAAAGUACCCCAAAACCAGAAUAGGGCGACUGGCCACAUACACGGAUCACAACAUGAAACUGGACUUGUGCGAUGACUACAUAGUGACUAACAAUGAGUACUUCUUUGACAGGGACCCAGAGGUCUUCCACAGCAUAUUUAACUUCUACAGGACGGGUGUGCUGUGGAUUAAGGAUGAACUGUGUCCCCGCAACUUCCUGGAGGAGAUCAACUACUGGGGGGUGAGGAUCAAAAAUACCAAUCGCUGCUGCCGCAUCUCCUUCGAGGAAAGGCAGGAUGAGCUGAACGACCAGCUAAAGAUCCAGAGGGAAUUGGAGGCUGAGGUGGAGAUUGAGGAGAAUGAGGAGCUGUUCCACGACAUGUUCAUGGGACAGACACGUCGAGCUAUAUGGAACUUGAUGGAGAAACCUUUUUCUUCUGUCAAGGCGAAGAUGAUGGCUGUGGCCUCCAGCCUUUUUGUCCUGAUCUCCCUGGUGGCCAUGACCCUCAACACGGUGAAGGAGAUGCAGUACAAAACGCAUGCAGGUCACCUGAGUGGCAAGACAUACUGUGAUUAUGUAGAGUCCAUAUGCAUUGCUUUCUUUACCAUGGAUUAUGUGCUGCGUCUGAUAUCCACACCUGAUAUCAGAUCCUUCAGCAGGAGUGUCCUCAAUACUGUGGACCUCAUUGCCAUCCUGCCUCAGUACCUGCAGGGCAUCCUGGAGUUCUUCGACAGCGAGAAAAACUAUGUGAAGCACGAGGCUGACAUGCAGGCAGUGGGGCAGGUGGGGAAACUGGGGCAAGUGUUGAGGAUCAUGAGACUGAUGCGAAUCUUUCGAAUCCUGAAGCUGGCUCGUCACUCCACCGGUCUGAGGGCGUUUGGCUUCACCCUACGCCAGUGCUACCAACAAGUGGGCUGCCUCUUCCUGUUUAUCGCUAUGGGCAUCUUUAGCUUUUCUGCCAUGGUUUUCACUGUGGAGCAUGACAUGCCGCAGACAAACUUUACCAGCAUACCUCAUGCAUGGUGGUGGGCAGCUGUGAGCAUCUCCACCGUGGGCUAUGGAGAUGUGUACCCAGAGACCAUACUGGGUCGUGUCUUCGCCUUCAUUUGCAUCGCGUUUGGAAUCAUUCUCAAUGGCCUGCCUAUUUCCAUCCUCUUUAACAAGUUCUCAGACUAUUACUCCAAACUUAAAUCCAACCAGUACACAGCCUGCCUAAAGAAACGUGGGAAAGUGAGGUUUUCUAGGAGGACAAUAAAUACGUUCAGCAGCUGCUUUGGAAGCCACCACUGAUUG